CAGUUUCGGUUUGGCUGUCGGCAGGACAGCACGGAUUUUUUUUUUUGAAGUGAUCUCCGCAGUUUCUGGCUAAUCUUCAGCAAUUUAAACUUGGAUAUUUACUAGUUCUUGGAAUUGGAUAUGCAAUUCAGUGAAUUAAUUCAGUGGUAACGAACACAAGGAGUUACAAUUAAAAUACCCCGUUUUAAUAUUUGAUCACCAAUCUGUGGAUUAUUAUAACAUAAUUCAAGUUUUACAAGGAUUUGUGUGAAAGAGGAUUUUUCCAUCAUCUACAAAAUAAUUUUAUGGUCCAACAAUAAGGAUGGGCCCAUCAAGGCAAUUUCAAAUAUUUGCCUUGUUGCUCUGCUUACUGACAACUUCAAUCGAUGUGACUCAAUCCAGGCAUUUGACACGAAAUCGACACAAACGACAACAUGGUGCCAGGCUGUACCUGCCGGCAUCGUAUGUGAUUCCAAACGGCGAGGGAGAUUCCGGUGAACGCUGGGGCCCCUGGGGAGCUCCAUCCGAAUGCUCCAGAACAUGUGGCGGAGGUGUCGCCUACCAGACGAGAGAAUGCUACGACGUGGGUCAUGAUGGGUCACAGCGGUGUCGAGGAGGAUCCCGAAAGUAUUUCUCCUGUAACACGCAGGAUUGUCCGGAUAAUGAACCCGAUUUCCGGGCACAUCAGUGUUCGCACUUUGACACAGUACCCUUCGAGGGGGUCCGCUAUGAGUGGGUGCCCUACACAAAAGCCCCAAAUCCGUGCGAACUAAACUGUAUGCCACGUGGCGAGAGGUUCUACUAUCGUCACAAGGCAAAAGUGAUUGAUGGCACGAGGUGCAAUGAAGAAUCACUGGACGUUUGUGUGGAUGGGGUCUGUCAACCUGUUGGAUGUGACAUGAUGCUGGGAUCAAAUGCCAAAGAGGACAAGUGCCGAAAGUGCGAUGGUGAUGGAUCCACAUGCAAGACAAUCUCCGGAGUUCUCGACAUGAACAAUCUCCAAGUUGGCUACAACGAUAUCCUGCUUAUUCCUGCUGGAGCCACAAAUAUUGAGAUCAAAGAAGUGGCUCCAUCCAACAACUACCUAGCCAUCCGAAAUCUCGUUGGGGCUUACUAUCUCAACGGAAACUGGCGGAUAGACUUCCCCAGACCAAUGACCUACGCCGGUGGCAUUUGGCAUUACGAACGGAAACCCCAAGGAUUCGCCGCACCAGAUCACCUGACUAGCAUGGGUCCUACGACCGAACCCAUUUACUUAGUCUUGUUGUAUCAGGAUCGCAAUGUCGGUAUCCGAUAUGAGUAUAGUGUACCCGAAGCAACUGCUAGGCUCCCACAGCAUGAAACCUACAAUUGGGUCUUCGGACCCUAUUCAGAGUGUUCGGCUGCUUGCGGUGGAGGGUUCCAGACCAGGAAUGUCACUUGCAACAGUCGAACGACACUUGAACAAGUCGAUGACAGUCUCUGUGAUGCCACGGAACGAAUGGAAGACGCCAGACAGUGCGGUCAAGAGCCUUGUCCACCGCGUUGGACAGAGGGUCCUUGGGGCAAGUGUUCUCUACCAUGCGGUAGCGAUGGCAAGCAGGAGAGAGAAGUGACUUGCGAAAGGAUAGAUUCAAGUGGAGUUGCAACAAAAGUUGAGGACUCCGUAUGUCUGGAAACUGCAGGAAACAAGCCAGCAACUGUACAAGAAUGCAACAAGGGCGUAGUGUGUCCAGAAUGGCACACAGGACCCUGGCAACCAUGUAAUCGCCUCUGCGGAGAUGGUGAAAAGAAACGACAAGUGAAAUGCUUCCGGAAAGAAGACGGGAAGAUCAAAGUCCUUCCGGAUAGUGAUUGCGUAGAUGAGAAACCUGCAGAAUCUGAGGUUUGUGUCCUUAGGCCCUGUGAAGGUGUUGAUUGGAUAACAUCAACAUGGAGUGGUUGCAGUGCUUGUGGAUUGACCAAAGAAACAAGAACAGCACAUUGUGCUUCCAAAGCAGGAAAAAUCUACAACGACACCUUCUGCGAGAAGAAACCCAAACCCGAACUCGAACGACCAUGCACUUCCAAGUCACAAUGUGACUUCCAGUGGUUCACAUCUCAAUGGAGCAAAUGUUCUGCUGAGUGCGGCCAGGGAGUGCAAACCCGAACGAUAAUCUGUGGUGUUUUUGAUGGAGAAAUGGUUAAGAGAGCACCGGAUGAGUCUUCCUGCAACGCUGAUGAAAAACCUGAGGAUCAACAAGACUGCGAGAGUGAAGAAGAAUGUCCUGGUCAAUGGUUUGGAGGUCCAUGGUCUGAAUGUUCAGUUCCCUGUGGAGGAGGUACAAAAUAUCGAAAGACUUUAUGUAUGGUUGCUGAUCAACCUGCUCCUGUUGAAAAGUGCAGUGGUGAUACACUCAAAUUCUCAACGGAUAGCUGUAAUCCCGAACCAUGCAUCGAUGAUGAAAUGCUUCCUGUUGACAGCACAGCUAUGCCAAUUUUGGAAGACGAUCACGAUGACGAGGAAUACUGUGACUACGAUGAAGAUGACUACCCAGAAGUUUCAGGAGAGGAAUUAGAUUCAGUUGACCUAGGUGCAUUCGAUGAAACUUCUGGAGGAACUUCUAGUGUAUUUGACACAGAUUCUAAGAGUACGACAGAAUCAUCUCUCCUUACUGACGAACUUAUGCUUAGUGAUUCAACUGGCUUUGAAACUGAUGAAACUGAUGCAGCUUCUACAGAUAUACCAGGUACGACAUAUGAAGGAUCAGGAACACAAGAAACAGCUUCUAGUUUACGAGUAGAUACUGACGAGACGGGAUCUGGGGACUUUGAGAGCAGUCAAUCUAGUACAGAAAGUUCAGAAAGUUCAUCUCUAAGUGAAAGCAUUUCAUCUGCGGCAUCAUCAUUAUCAUCACAAGAAUCAUCUGCAUCCCAGACGAGUGAAAGUGUUGUAGAAACUACAACUGAAGGAGCAACUACAACAACAGAAGGCGCCACUGAAAGUUCCACAGAAAGUUCAACUGAAUCUUCAACAGAUACUUCAGAUUCCUCUUCAGAGACAACAACUGAUCUUUCUUCGACGACAGAGAGCGAGUCGUCUUCGGAAACCACAACUGUGUCAAUGGAAGAGACAACAACAUCACAAGAUUCUGAGACAACAACAACGGUUGGAGAAACUACAACAGAAACUGGUGAUCUCACAACAACCUCAGGAGGAAGUACAGAAUCAUCAGUAACAUCAACUCUAGAGGACACUGAGUCAACAGUAUCUGAUGGAACAUCAGAAACAGCUACUGCAACUGAAGAAUCAACCGUAGGAGGAUCAACUGAAUCUACUGGUUCUACUGAAACACCUGGUUCUACAGAAACCCCUGAUUCCACAGAAUCCCCUGGUUCCACAGAGUCUCCUGGUUCCACAGAAUCCACAGGCUCCACAGUUACAGAAGAAACCUCAUCGACAGGUGAAGACGAAACAACAGAAUCCGAUGUUGAUAUUUGGUCUACAACUGAAAAAACCGACGUAUCAGACGAUGAUGACGGUGAAACAUCGAAAAGUACACCAAACACUCUUGAUGAGAUCAUUAAGAAAGAGCAAAAGCCACGUAAAUGUAAACCCCGUCCAAAGGUUAUGGCUUGUGUUACCUCGACAUUUGGUUGCUGUUCGGACAAUAGCACUGCUGCGAAAGGACCCUUUGAAGAAGGUUGUCCAACACCAAAAACUUGUGCUGACACUAAACAUGGUUGCUGUCCUGACAACCUGUCACCGGCUAAAGGACCAAAGAAUCGUGGUUGCCCCAAGAGUCAAUGUUCACUUAGUCUCUUCGGAUGCUGUCCGGAUAAGAAGACAGCAGCUGAGGGUAACGACAACGAGGGAUGUCCUGUGGUGGAAGUCACCACAGUUGGUGGAUGUGCUGCCACUAAAUAUGGUUGCUGUCCAGAUGGCACUACUGCAGCUGAAGGACCUAAACACAAAGGAUGCAAAAAAGAAGAAGAGGAAUGUACAUCAGAGAGCUGCACAACUCCAGAACCUAAAGUUACUGAAGAGUCCGGUGUUACAGAAGCCAAAUUCUGUGCUCAAUCCACUUAUGGAUGCUGUCCUGAUGGAAUUUCCGAAGCAACUGGAGAAAACUUCCAUGGCUGCGAUAUUAUUGAUGAAGAGGAUUGCACCAAGUCAUUCUUUGGGUGCUGCCCAGAUGGAAGAACCCCGGCUAAAGGAGAUAACCAGGAGGGUUGCACAGAAUGCAUGCGCGAACCAUUUGGUUGUUGUCCUGAUGGUGAAACUCCAGCUCAUGGACCUCGUGGAGAAGGUUGUUGCCUCGAACAGCCUUACGGAUGCUGUCCUGAUAACAUUGUCCCAGCCCGUGGACCUAAUCUCGAGGGUUGUGGUUGUGAGCAUUCUCCUUACGGUUGCUGUCCCGACAACAAGACCUCAGCUAAAGGUUACGACAAUGCCGGAUGUGGAUGUGAAUACACACGAUUCGGUUGCUGCCCUGAUAAACUCACCGAAGCCACUGGAGAAAACUUCGAAGGGUGCUCUUGCCAUACCUUCCAAUUUGGUUGUUGUCCGGAUGGGGUUACAGUUCCGUCUGGACCACACAACUCUGGUUGCCACUGUUCGCAGUCCGAGCACAAAUGCUGUCCAGAUGAGGUUACCCCCGCCAAAGGACCCAACUUUGAAGGGUGCACUUGUGCCACGAGUAAACAUGGAUGCUGUCCAGAUGGUGUUACAUCAGCUGAAGGAAGAAACUUCGAGGGAUGCGAUGAUAUACCGUCGAAUCCCCAGAAGGCUUGUGGUCUCACUAGAGAUGCUGGACCCUGCAAGAACUUCACUGUCAAGAGCUUCUUUGACGCUGAAUACGGUGGAUGCUCUAGAUUCUGGUAUGGCGGCUGCGAGGGUAAUGACAACCGUUUCAAUUCCAUCGAGGAAUGCAAAACGGUUUGCGAGGAUCCAAUGGGCAAAGAGGCCUGCUCUCUACCGAAAUCUCACGGACCUUGCACGGGAUACCUUCCGAUGUGGUACUACGACUCGGAUCGCAAUCAGUGUACACAAUUUGUCUACGGUGGUUGCCUUGGAAACAACAAUCGCUUUGAGUCUCUAGAAGAGUGUCAGAAUGCAUGCGUUGUGGACGAAUCUGUUCCACCUUGCGAACAGCCCGUUGACCAGGGACCUUGUGGAGGAGUAUACGAACGGUGGUAUUUUGAUGCUGAUGCUGACAUUUGCAGGCCCUUCAUCUACGGCGGCUGCAGGGGCAACAAGAAUAACUACGCUUCGGAACAUGCUUGCCACUAUCACUGCAAAAAGCCGGGAGUUCAUCGCGAGUUUUGCAAUGCUCCAAUUGAAAAGGGUGACUGUCAAGCUAAGUCCGCUAGGUGGGGCUUCUCGUACUCUGAUAACAAAUGCAUGCCUUUCUAUUAUACUGGUUGCGGUGGAAAUAAGAACAAUUAUCGCUCGGAAGAUGAAUGUGCAACGGAUUGUCCAUCUCAGAUUGAGCGUGAUCUGUGCGUCCUUCCGACUGAGGUUGGCAAUUGCCAGAAUUACACUGCUAGGUGGUACUUCGAUACCCGGGAAUCUCGUUGUCGAUCCUUCUACUACGGAGGCUGUGGUGGAAACAAGAACAACUUUGAAACUGAGGAUGAAUGCGUCAACCGAUGCGAGAGGAAACCCACAACAACACCAGCUCCUAGAAGACCUCCCCCAACUCACGAUGAUGGAUUCAGACGUGAAUACUGCUUCAUCCAUCCAGAUGCUGGGGAUUGCCGUGGCGACGCCAUCGUUGCUAGGUGGUACUACAACAAAGAUGAAGGCGUAUGCGCUCAGUUUGCGUACACAGGUUGUGGUGGAAAUCAGAACAAUUUCCUUACAGAAGAAGAGUGCGAAUCCAGUUGUGGUAAUGUUCAGGAUACUUGCACGCUUCCACCUCUGCGAGGACGCUGCAACGAACGAAUCCAGAGAUGGUACUUCGAUCAGGGCUCCCAGAGAUGUCUUCAGUUUGAAUUCGGUGGAUGCAGAGGAAACAAAAAUAACUUCUACACCGAAAGGGAGUGUCAGAAUGCCUGUAGACAUGCUCCUGAAAGGGUUGAGCAAACACCACCUCCUCAUGCAGCAGUAUCCAUUUGCGAAGAACCUCGUGAUCACGGACAUUGCAAUGGAAAUGAACUCAAGUACUACUACAACCGGGAUAGAGCAUCCUGCGAGGCGUUCUACUACACGGGUUGUGGUGGAAACGGAAACCGUUUCGAAUCUCAGGAACAGUGCGAGAGGCAAUGUGGUGAACAUAGAGGUGUGGACGUGUGCAGUGAACCUGUGGAUGCAGGACCUUGUGAUAAAUGGCAGACAAGAUACUACUUCAACUCCACAAGAAGACAGUGUAUGCCAUUCCAUUACAGCGGAUGUGAGGGUACGGGUAAUCGAUUCACAACAGUUCAGGAGUGCGAGACCGUAUGUAUUGGACAUGAGGAGCCACCGCCAGAUGACAGGGCAAUAUGCAGUCUGCCCGUUGAAGUGGGCAGAUGCAGUCACGAUGAGGAGAAUUCUCACAGACGUUGGUACUACGAUGAUACUCGCGGAACAUGUAUCUCUUUCAUCUACAGCGGAUGCGCAGGGAAUCAAAACAAUUUCCGCUCUUUUGAUUCUUGUGUCGAUUUCUGUGUCAGUACGGCACCUGAAGAACCAAGGAGAGAACCAUCUGGUGAUAAAUGUGAAGCUCACACAAUUGCUUGUGAGAACCUGCAGUGUCCUUACGGCGUUGAGACGCAGUACAAUGAGGACUACUGUCCAGUAUGUUCUUGUGAAGAUCCCUGCUCAACUGUCCAGUGUCCACCUGACUCCCAAUGUUCCAUUGACGUGGGUAGAGAUGAGACGGGUCAACCGACAUUCCUGGGCGUCUGCAGGGAAAUCCGCAAAGCGGGAGAGUGUCCCAAUCUGGGCGAUAAUCAACGAUGCGACCGCGAAUGUUACACAGACGCUGACUGCCGUGGAGACAAGAAGUGCUGCGCUGCAGGAUGUGGAUGGCUAUGUGUCCAUCCAGAUACUCCAGCAACUAACGUCUCAGAACCAUCACGACCCUAUUACCCACCCGCUUACUACCCAGGUGCUCAUCCACCGGUUCUCGAAGAGAAGGCCCCAGAAGAAGUCAAUGUCGUUGCCGAAGAGGGUGGAUAUGCCGUCUUACAUUGCUUUGCUACAGGAUAUCCUCCACCGACUGUUACUUGGAGGCAUGGGGACAUCAUCCUCAACACCAAUCAAGGACGAUACUUGCUCACAUCUACCGGAGACCUACAGAUUGUGCAGCUUCACAGGACAGAUAGUGGAAUCUACGUUUGCGUUGCUGACAAUGGCCUGGGGACACCGGUUAGCAGAGAAGUUGAACUUCAAGUUAAUGAUCCUGUAGAUAUCUUAGAGGCUGACGCUUAUAUCCUGGGGGAUGCAAAUUCCACCCAGACCGUCACAUUGAAUCAGCCAGCGAUACUGAGAUGCCUUGCUGGUGGAUAUCCCAAACCCUAUGUCAGCUGGUGGCGAGACACUGAACUCCUUCCUCUAAAUUCGACACGUUUCGAACUAAGGCGUGACUAUUCAUUGGUCUUCACGAAGGUCGAACUUUCUGACCUCGGCAAAUAUACGUGUCAAGCUUAUACAGGACGUGGAAAACCAGUAUCUGUGUCGAUCACCCUACAAACCGUCGGACCAGUGUAUGUGAAUAAUGAGGAAGAUGAGAAGUACUUGAAGUAUGUUGUGGACCCACCUGUUCAGACAACUACAGUACGGGUGAGACCGGACUGGCCCUAUAGACCUACCCCGCCUCCACCACGGGUAAUUCCACUACCCCAAGUGCCAGUUGAGCCAACGUAUACUGAAGUAAAGGCGCGAAUUCGUCUUCCGGGAGGCAGGCAAUACGCUUUAGGAGCUGAUGUUAAACUUGAGUGUAUUGUUGAGGGAUAUCCCGCUCCAAAUGUUACCUGGUUCAAGGAUGAUCGUCAAUUGGUACCCACACAUAGGGUCCAGAUCAUUGAUCAAACACGCGUAGUAAUUUACGGAGCUUCAAGAGAAGAUUCUGGCUUUUACAAGUGCGAAGCCAGAAAUGGCUACAGCAAAUCCUACAACGAGGAGGAAAUCGUCGUGGAAGGAGUUUUCAUACCACCUGAGUGCACAGAUAGUCAACACUAUGCUGACUGCUCUAAGAUUGUUCGUGGAAAUUACUGCAGCAAUCCCUACUAUGCCAAAUUCUGCUGUAGAUCGUGCACCCUUGCCGGACAAUUGACUCACAAUCUUCCAAAUCUUGUCUAGAGAAGAUUCUCAUCCUAAAUUUACCCUUCUUUCUCGAGCCACUUUUGCACCAUUUUCACUGCCAAAAACUCCUCCAAUAGAUCGAUCCAAUAAAUUACGAUGAUUUGUUCAAUCAUCUGAGCCUCUGACAUACCUAAAAGUCACUCUUUACUAACAUUUUCUUCGUUUUUUCGCGUACCUAAUUGAUCUGUUAGAUGUUUCUAUCAAAACGAGUUAAAAAUGCUUCUAAAGAAAAAUAAAUUUAUUACUUUUUUAUUAGAUUUUAAUUAACUAAUGAACUGCCAUAAUUUGGAGACAUUUUGUGUCUCCUUCUUCAAUGUUCUUUCAUGUUCUGUGUCCUUCCGACAGAAAGAGUCGAAAAAGAAAUGUUUUUAAAGAAUAUUUUGGUUUAAAAAAAAAUUAAUUAAUAACUAUUGUUACCAAUUUGUGGCUAUUAGAAUAAUAAUGGAAAAAAUGAUGAAAAUGUAAUAAGAGCCAGGAUUUUCUUAUUAUGUAAUGCAAUUGAUGAAUUAUAAAAGUGUAAAAAAUAAACUAGAGUGUAAAUAUACUGAGAA